AUGGAGGAACUCUGCAGUAAGUUCAGUAAGAAGUGUGAACCUAAGCCCAGGAAAGUUAGAUUCCGGAUCUCCUCUUCUUACAGUGGUCGUGUGCUGAAGCAGGUUUAUGAUGAUGGGUCAGAGUCGGAAGAACCUGAGGACGAUGGCCACCAUGGGUCAUUGAAAACACGACGGAGUGAGAGAUAUGAAAUCAGCCGAGCUGUAGCACAGGAAUGCUGGGACCCAGCUUACCCUUCUUCAACACGUUUAUUAGCACAGAGAAUAAAUGUGUUCAGAGAUGGAGAUAGGUACAGUAUGACAGGUGAACAGAACCUAUUCACUGACCUGACUGCAACCCGUUCCAAGUUGUCAACAAUACUGAAUUUUGGAAAAAUUAUCAUCUAUACAAGCAACCUCAGGAUCAUAAAGGCACCACCGACUCAGAGAAAGCUCAUAAGUAAACUUCUCCAGACUCAGCUGAUCUCUGAAAAUACAGCAAACUUGGGCAGAAAGGAAGAGGCUGAAGAAAGCAGUGAAAAGCAGUUAGGGACAGCUGAGGACGGUGAAUCGGAACCUGCAUGCCUGCAGUGCGGUGGGGCAGGAUCAGUCCCCUGCUCUUUGUGCCAUGGAAGCAAACUCUCAAUGUUUGCCAACCGAUUCAAAGAGUCAUUCCGAGCUAUACGGUGCCCAGGAUGUAAUGAGAAUGGAGUGCAGCCAUGUCAGACCUGUGCUGAUUGA